CUAGUUUAUUGCCCACGGCACGUAGGCGACUACUCCUGCAGUCAAUGUUCAGUCGGUCUGAAGCUGAGCAGAAGACAACAUUAUUUCGUAAUUUUUUAAUACAACAGUGGUUACAACGUCUUAUAAUAUUAAACGUACAUAUAUAUAAGUGUUGCUAUGGGUUGCCAAGGGAGUAAAACGACGGCCAAGUUCAGUCACCAAGCAGAAAACAAUGAACAGACUAACACAAUGACGAAUAAAGCAAGCGAUGUUCCGGUUUUUGUCAGCACCGAAUGGCUCUCAGAGAAAAUGAAGGAUGGCGGUGGCGGCGUCUGUAUCGUCGAUGUGUCCUGGCACAUGCCCCAAGCAAACAGAGACCCAGAGGCUGAGUACAAAGAUAAGCACAUCUUGGGGGCGCACUUCCUCAAUCUCUCAGACUGCAAAGAUAAAUCAUCAAAUUUGGAGAUGAUGCUCCCAUCUCCAGACGAUUUCGCAAAAUGCGUCGGUGCAUUGGGAAUUGGUAAUGACAGUCACGUCGUUGUCUACGAUAACAAUGCCAAACUUGGUAUGUUCUCCGCUCCGAGGGCGUGGUACAUGUUUCGUGUUUUCGGACAUGAUAAGAUAUCGAUCCUGAACGGAGGAUUUCCGAAGUGGGUAGCCGAGGACCGCCCGACGACAUCCGAAGUGCCCGAUGUUGAUGCUGUUACGUACAGUCCAUGUUUCAGAGCAAACUUGGUUAAAGACCGUGCAGAUGUCGAAAGUAAUAUGUCCGAGAAUAGGUAUACGUUGCUUGAUGCACGCCCGCCUGGCAGAUUCAAUGGAGAAGACCCAGAGCCCGUACCAAAUAUCAAAUCAGGGCACGUUAAAGGCAGUGUUAAUAUUCCUUUCCCCAAGACGCUAGACGGCGACAGUAAACUAUUCAAGGAACCCAACCAACUUAAAGACAUUUUCAGCGAUGCGGGCAUAGAUUUGAGUCAGCCAUUAACGGUGCUGUGUGGGACUGGCUUGACGGCAUCCUUCUUGGUACUGGCGGCCUUCUCGUGUGGAAAGCUCGAUGUGCCAAUUUACGACGGCGCCUGGAUGGAAUGGUUUCUCAAAUCCGACCCUGAUACCAUGGAAGGUGUCCCGGAGUAAUCGACGAACAUUCUCACAAUACAUCGUUCCCGUAUUUAGCCUGGAAUACACGUCAGGGUAUAUAUCCCGAUCAGGAUACAAGUACCCCAGGCCGCCUGCCAGGUAGGAUAAUGCUUUGUCUAGCAUUAUCCUACCGGACGGGCGGAACAUUACAGCCUCCAGCGCCUGGGGUGGGAUACAAGUGUCCCUCGAGCAAAAUAAACAUAUCUCGAUCUCGGUUCUGACCGCUAUCAGUCGCAUCCUGUAGUAUUGACGCUCCUUUAUGUCGUAAGUGGGUGUCAGGAAUGCCGAUAUUAUUGUGACUGCAAUCAACAUACUAGUAGUUGGUUUAUUUGGACGGCUAUGCUUACAUCAAUCCCCGGCACCUAUCUACGUGAUGUUGACGUCAUAGACAUGUCUUGUUGCUAGAGGGCGCGACUGUUGAGGUUUAUUAGGAUCGAACAUUAUGUUGAACACCGA